AAAAUUGGACUUUUAUUGACCCAAGAUAAUUAAAAACCCUGGAAAGAUGAGAGCUAUCUUCUCUUGUUCUUCAUCUUCAGUAAAGAAUUUUGGGUCAUUUUCAAGAACCCAUUUGUCUAAUUCUUUCAAUUUCAGCAAGAGAUUUAAAGUUGAGAUUUUUAAGAAAAACAAUCUUGAUUCUUGUCUGAACAAGAAGAUAGUUUGUGGGUCUGUAAGAAUGGCUUCUACUUUUAAGCCUGAGCAAGCUAGGGUUCCUCCAGCUAUCCCAUUGCCCACUCCUGUAAUCACCAAGUUCAAGAUUGGAUUGUGCCAAUUAUCGGUGACGGCUGACAAGGAGAGGAACAUUGUUCAUGCACGCACUGCUAUUACAGAAGCUGCUGAGAAGGGCGCCAAGCUUGUUGUUUUGCCUGAAAUAUGGAACAGUCCAUACUCAAAUGAUAGUUUCCCUGUAUAUGCUGAAGACAUUGAAGCUGGUAGGGAGGCAUCUCCGUCAACUGCAAUGUUGUCUGAAGUUGCUCGCACUUUAAAGAUCACAAUAGUUGGUGGAUCUAUACCUGAAAGAUGUGGGGAUAAGUUGUACAAUACUUGUUGUGUUUAUGAUACUGACGGGGAGUUGAAAGCUAAACAUAGAAAGAUACAUCUAUUUGAUAUUGAUAUUCCGGGUCAGAUUACCUUUAAAGAAUCAAAGACCCUUACAGCAGGGGAGACUCCAACUAUCGUUGAUACAGAGGUUGGACGUAUUGGUAUUGGCAUUUGCUAUGAUAUCCGCUUUCAGGAACUGGCAACUAUAUAUGCAGCUAGAGGUGCUCAUUUGAUUUGUUAUCCUGGGGCUUUCAACAUGACUACUGGGCCAUUGCAUUGGGAGUUGUUGCAAAGGGCAAGGGCAGCCGAUAACCAGCUAUACGUGGCGACUUGUUCUCCUGCUCGAGAUGCUGGCUCAGGUUAUGUGGCUUGGGGGCAUUCUACAUUGGUUGGCCCAUUUGGAGAAGUACUGGCUACAACUGAACAUGAUGAGGCAGUCAUCAUCUCUGAGAUUGAUUACUCUCAAAUAGACCUAAGAAGGACAAACCUUCCGCUACAAAAUCAGCGACGUGGUGAUCUUUACCAGUUAGUAGACGUUCAAAGAUUGAAUUCUCAGUAAAUUGAAUAGUAAACUGGUAACUGAAUGAUACAGCUUCGGCUUUGUGUUUGACUAUCUGAAAUAAAGCUUCAAAUUUCGGAAGAAUAUAAUAUGGAUGUUUGCUUUUAGGCGAUGAAGGAAUUCUGAACAAUGAGAUAUGGAAGAAGUGGUUAUUAUUUAUC